GUCUGCUCUCGAGGUUGCCAGCUUCCUCGGACGAACAGUUGGCGCAGGCGCGGCACUGACAGCUGCUGUCUACUUACUACGAAAAGUGUGCUUAAAAAUGGCCUGGAAAUCUGGAGGAGCCAGCCACGCGGAGCUUGUUAACAACCUCCGCAAAAAUGGAAUUAUUAAGUCCGACAAGGUCUAUGAAGUCAUGCUGGCCACGGACCGAGCCCAUUUCUCCAGGUGUAAUCCGUACAUGGACUCGCCACAGUCAAUAGGCUAUCAAGCGACCAUCAGCGCCCCACAUAUGCACGCCUACGCCCUGGAGCUCCUCCACGACCAGCUGUACGAGGGAGCCAAAGCUUUGGACGUCGGCUCCGGCAGUGGAAUCCUGUCCGUUUGCUUUGCACGAAUGGUUGGAGCUAAGGGGAAAGUUAUAGGUAUUGAUCAUAUGAAAGAGCUGGUAGAUGAUUCGGUCACCAACGUGAAGAAAGAUGACCCCAGUUUGAUAACAUCGGGCCGAGUCAAGCUAUUAGUGGGAGACGGGCGGCUGGGCUACACUGAGGAAGCGCCUUUUGAUGCCAUUCAUGUUGGCGCAGCAGCACCCAGUGUCCCCCAAGCUCUCCUGGACCAGUUGAAGCCCGGCGGCCGGCUGAUUCUGCCUGUCGGCCCGGCGGGAGGAAACCAGAUGCUGGAGCAGUACGACAAGCUGGAGGACGGCAGCACCAAAAUGAAGCCCUUGAUGGGAGUGAUUUAUGUGCCUUUAACAGACCGAGACAAGCAGUGGUCCAGGUGGAAGUGACUUCUUUCUCCCCCCUCCUCUCACUCUCUCCUUCUCACAGUGGCAAAGGGAUGAACUUUGAAGAGGAAGACGGUCCAUAAUCCACCUUUUUAAGUUUGAACCUGGAGAGAACUUGGACGGGGUCGAACAGCCCAUGACGUUUUGUUCAAAGCGUAACAAAACAUGCUCUUUUUGUUUAAGUCUAACGAUGGACUAGAGUAUCGCAUUGAUGACAGCCCAGAAGGGCUGGGAAGAAAGACUGUUGAAGCUCCGCACAGAAAUAUUGGAGAGGACAUUUUGUUUUUCUUUUCAGGCCUGCAUCUUUUUUUUUGGUUUUGUAUUCUUUUUAACUGCAGGCUCUUUAGGGUUUCAUUUAGUGUUCUUUCUUUUUUGUGUUGGUUUCACCAUUCGAAAUGCAAUCAGCAAUUUUGACAGUAUUACAUUUCAGCAGCAUCAAAGCUGAAUGUCCGAGGUACGCUGGACAACGACGAGGAAAGCCUGAAUCUUUAAGAUAAUAAUUGCAGGUGUGUGUGUGUGUGUGUGUGUGUGUGGGGGGGGGAUCAUCUAACUGUAGACUUAUCUGCUAACAUAUGAGCUUUUCCCCUGCCUGCAGUAUUAGGAACACACACGCAGGCAACACAACGGCUGACCCACACAUAGAAUAAGCAAGGCAUUGGAUCAUCGAGCACACACUCCGAAGAGAGCUGAGCAUUAACUACAUGAUGCACGUGCACAUCCAGGGCUGUGCUUUCCACCUGGUGGUGUUUGUCACUUUCUGCCGCUGGUUAUCCAUCCGCAAUUAAUGCAGGCUCUUCUGGUGACCGAUGCUAAAUGGGAUAGUCACUGCUUCGCCAAAAUAAACUUCAACAAUUAUAAAGCAAAUGAAUGUCUGUUUUCUUGAAAUCAAAAAGCACAUUUUUGUUUUGGAUGACGGAUGAUAUUUGUCUGUCACAGAUUCUGGAAUGGCACAUGAAAAUAAAGAGGUGCUUAUGUUUUUG